AUGAAGAAAUGGAAAAAGAUCUCACUAUUCGUGUGCGUGUUUGCGUUCGUCAGAGAAUUUAGGCCCAUCGAACCGUUUUACGCGGCUUACAUGACAAGUCCAGCUAUAAACAUCACAUUAACUCAGACGUCAAGAGAUGUUUAUGCAGUCGGGGCGUACUCGUGCUUUGUACUCAUCAUCAUUGUGUUCCUGAUCACCGAUUAUCUGAAAUACAAGCCCGUGUUAAUAAUGGACGGGAUAUGUGGUGUAAUGGCAUAUUGCAGUAUUGUUGGACAUCCGAGUCUAUUGAGAAUGCAGAUUGGCCAAGUGUUCUACGGUUUCUUCUUCUCAUCCGAAGUGGCUUAUUUUGGUUAUUUAUACGCCAUGACCGAUGAUAAACGUUACUAUCAAAGAAUCACGGGUCAAGCUAGAGCGGCUUGUCUAUCGGGCAAGUUCUUUUCUUCUUUAUUCGCCCAACUAGUCAGUCUCGUCAAUGGUUCAGUUCCUUACGUCGAAUUGGUAUACAUUAGUAUAUUCGGAAUGUUUUUCUCCACUAUUUGGGCCUAUUUUAUGCCUAACGUUAAAAAUAGUGUCUAUUUUCAUAACGAAAAAUCUGAACCAACCGAUGUGCCUCCGCCAACGAUUAAAAAUUACACGUCUUCCACUGGUGAACCAAAAACCACUGAGGAUAUCGAAUCUCAACAAUCGAAAACAAAGAUAACCAAGGACAUUGAUAAAAAUGACGGUAAAAGUCUGGGUCAAGUAUUACUAUACUUACAUAAGGAUUUCAAAAGAUCGUAUUCAGAUCCAUAUGUUAGAAAACUUUGUUUAUGGUGGGCUUUUGCUUUCGGAGCAUAUGUACAGGUUUAUACGUACAUUAAUGUUUUGUACACUUAUGUGCUAGACUUAAACGAGGAUACACAUUUUACUUUGUACAAUGGUGCAGCAGAAUCACUUAAUACUUUAAUAGGGGCUAUUGCUGCGUAUUCAAUUGGCCAACUUGAAUUAAAUUGGUUUAAAGUCGGAGACUUGUUCUUAGGAAUUGGUUCAUUACUCGCUGGAAUAGUACUUCUUGGUUGUUUUUACACGAGAACAUUGUGGUUCAUUUACGCUUUCUACAUAAUCUACGGAUGUCUUUACCAAACGAUGUUGACGGUCGCCGAAUCUGAAGUUGCAAAACGAUUAAGCAGAGAUAGUUACGGUCUCGUAUUUGGAUUUAACUCAUUUAUAGCACUGUUCCUACAUACGCUUAUGACUUACGGCAUCGUUCAAGGGCACAUUAUCUCGGUUUCAACUAUACAACAAUUUUUGAUUUAUGCUGUUUACUACAUGAGCAUUGGAGCGGUUUUUCUAAUUUUCUCAAUCAUCAAUUAUUUCUCACCAGCUGCAACCGAUAGUAUUAUAGAAUGUAAGCAAUAA